AUGCAAAGACCCGAGCGGAAAAGCUCUCCGGUGGGCGGCAUGCUGUCCUUUGCUCCGACGCCCACCCUCGCUUCCUGGGACCACCGUCCCUCUGUCUCGUCGCCGCUCUCCUCGUCACCCAUCCGCGCCUCGUCGCCCGUCUCGCCCGUCGGCAAGAACCUGUUUCCGCAGCGACUCGUCCAGUCGUCUCCCAUAGGCCUGCCCCCGUCCAAGUUUGCGUCGCGACCGGCGCGGCCGAACCCGGUGAUGCGGAAAAGGGAAGAGGCAAACGAGGCGAGACGCCGCAGCUUCCUCCAGCGCGUCCGUCAAAAGUCGGACGACAAGGCGUGGCAGAGAAGAGACAUCGAGGGACAGUUUCUCAAGUCGAGCUGGCUCGCGAACCUCGGAAAGUUGACGCACGACGCACCACCUGACUCGACCGAGGCCGACAUCGAAGAGGCCAUGGCCUUCUGGGAGCAGCAUCGGCACGGCCCGUCGCUCGAUCGAGACGAGGCCACGACGCCGACGAACCUGGAGCUCGAUGAGCUCGAAGCCAUGGUGACCUCCUACGAGCAACAGCAGCUCGCGUCCCGACGACCGCCGUCCCCGGACAUGUCCGAUGCCGAGUACGACGACAUUUUUGCCGAGUUGAUAUCCCAGGAGCAGUUUGGGCUCCAUGAGCCGCCGCACUCGUCGGACGGCAUGGACAUGACCGAAGACGCCGGCCGCUAG